GAGCUCCCCCGACCCCCAAAAACCGGCGGGUGUCACCCCGGGGAGCCUGCGCGCCAGGCUGGACGCGGGAUCUGGACUCGGCUUAUUUAAACUGUUGAUUUGGGUGUUGAACUCGGGGCAGCCUCACGGACGGGAUCCCACGUGUGUUUUAAUACAGGUGGUGCCUGAGUUAUGUGUCACCUCUUGUCUGUGGGGACACCUGCCCUUGGGGACAGGCAGCAGCUCACGUCCUGAGCCCCGGAUUUCCCAGCAGCCAGACACUGUUGCCCCCCCCCGCCCCCCAAGGUGGAAAAUCCCCACCAAGGGCAGGCUGGCGCGUCUCCCCCCUCCCAGCCCCACCGCACUGCUGCUCCUUCGUUCCCCAGCCUGGAUUUUAAGUGUCUUUAGCAGCUUUGGUGUGACCUGGUGACUGGGAAGGGCUGGGGUACCACGCUGGACCCCGCCUCCCCACCAGCACCUUAAGCCUCUUAGGGGCUUCUCCACGUCAAGGGUUUGCGGGGGGGCACCAGGGCUGCCGGCCCCUUCCCGGACCGGGGUGCGUGCGGCCCCGGGCACAUGGGACCUGGCAGCCCCCCAGCGAGGACGCCGGGCCUGUCCCCAUCGCCGAGGUCACAGCCAGCCUGGCUGUUAUUCACAGAGCCUUUUCUCCCUCACUUGCCUUUGCCUCCAUCUUAAAAUCCCAUAAAUUUGGCGCAGUGUAUCCCCCUCCAUCCUGCCCAGCUGGGUGGGGGGACCCACGGCCCCCCCAUCCUCCCAGGACAAGCCACAAAGCCCCUGAGCAGCACUCGCUAAUGAACCCCGGCUGGAAGCAGCAAUUAGCACCAGGCCCUGCUCUUUGCCGGAGAAGCAGCCGGUUCUGCCGGCUUCAGAGAAAACGCUCCCGGAUCCCUGUAAUCCUAUUUGUUGGGUCCGACUAAUUGCAAUUAGUGAGAGGGGCUGAAGUUCAAUUAAAGUGUGCUGAGAUUAUUCCUUUUUCUAAUUGCUUUAGUGCUGGGAUUAGGGGAAGCUUUGGAGUGACACCGUCCCACAGACAGUGAGGUGCCGCGCAGCAGCUGCCCAGCCCCAAUUCUGCCGUGUUUUGCCCUGAAAUGGCCAGGCAGGGCUCAGGCUGUCCCCUGGGUGCUGGCCCCUGUGGUGGCACUGGCAGGGACAAGGCUCCGUGGGCAGCUCUUGUGCCAGGACCUGCACCCGUGCCGGUGGGAUCUGGCAGUGCCUGCCAGCAGCAACACCCACCGCCCUCGUUUUUGGGGCCAGACCCCGCUCGGCACCAAGCACAGGGCACAGGCUGAGAACCCGGCGUGUCCUGCUGGUCCCACCCCUGCUCCUGGCACCAAGGGACAUCAGGGUGAUCUCUUGGGGGUCCCCUGUUAGAGACCCCAUGGUGGUUUGGGGAGGGAAGGCAGGGUCCCCCCACAUGUCCUGAUCUCAUCCCCAUCAGUCCCAGCGGCACUAAUCCAGAUACCCCCACCCCACUGGGGCAGGAGAGCAGAUUACCCCGUUGAAAAGAAGGGACACAAAUAAUCCUAUUACCCCAGAGCAGGAUAAAGCUGCCUCCCCUGAGCCCCCCCAGAGCGGCCACAGGACACACAGGAGCGGGACGGAGGGUCCACAGACCAGCACUGGCCCCGGCGACCACGGCGGCUGCGUGUGAGGAGCCCUCCUGUGCCAGCGCCGGACACACAGGGACAACCGCGACCCGGGGCCGGCUGCCAGCCCUGGCACAGCCAUGAGCCUGGAGCCCCCCAAGCCGGAGAUCAAAUCUGCCACCAGGGUGACGGGGGGACCCGCCACUCCCCGGAAGGGACCACCCAAAUUCAAGCAGAGGCAGACGAGGCAGUUCAAAAGCAAGCCUCCCAAAAAGGGGGUGCAGGGGUUCGGCGAUGACAUCCCAGGCAUGGAGGGGCUGGGAACAGACAUCACCGUCAUCUGCCCCUGGGAAGCCUUCAGCCACCUGGAGCUGCACGAGCUGGCUCAGUACGGCAUCAUCUAGGCAGGACACGGGCACCGCUGGUCACCAUCACCGUCCCCACCCCGUAGUGCUGUGUAGGUAGAAGCCGCCCCGUCACCGUGGGGCUCAGCCUGGAGAAAUGCCCAUUAAAAUCCAGAAUGAGCACAGGA